AUGGAUAGCAACGGCCAAGCUGAAAAAUCUGCGAAGCCUUUGGGCAAAGCCUUUUCCAAGAUCGAUAUAGACGGGCAUAACUUGCCCCCCUCACCAGCGCCGUCGAGCCCGCGCGAUGGCAAAAGGUACGCGUUAGCCACAGAGCUGGUCUAUACCGAAGGGACAGAUCAGUACAAUGCUAGCAGCACGCCAAUCUACCAGACAGCGACGUUUAAACAGACGUCUGGUGGUGGAGGGGGCGAGUACGACUACACCCGAUCAGGAAAUCCAACAAGGACCCAUCUUGAAAGACAUCUUGCAAAAAUCAUGUGCGCGGAGCGUGCUCUUGUCGUUUCCUCCGGCAUGGCGGCUUUGGACGUGAUCACGCGCAUUCUCCGGCCUGGCGACGAAGUCGUGACAGGAGACGACCUAUACGGCGGCACCAAUCGUCUGCUGAAGUAUCUCUCUACGAAUGGGAAUAUUAUCGUCCACCAUGUCGACACCACUGACUCAUCUGCUGUGCAGAACGUACUUUCCCAGAGGACGGCCAUGGUACUUCUCGAAACUCCAACCAAUCCUCUCAUCAAGAUCGUUGACAUCCCCACCAUCUCGAAGGCAACGCACCAUGCUAACCCUAGUGCGCUAGUAGCUGUAGACAAUACUAUGCUUUCUCCUUUGCUACAAAAUCCGCUGGAUCUGGGAGCGGAUCUCGUCUACGAAAGUGGGACCAAAUAUCUUUCCGGGCACCACGACUUGAUGGCCGGUGUCAUUGCUGUAAAGGAGCAAAAGAUCGGUGAGAAGAUGUACUUCUCAAUCAAUGCUUCAGGCUGUGGACUUGCUCCAUUUGACUCUUGGCUGCUUAUGCGAGGCAUUAAAACCCUAAAGGUACGGAUGGAGCAGCAGCAAUCGAACGCGCAACAGAUAGCAGAAUUUCUUGAAUCUCAUGGGUUCCGGGUUCGCUACCCUGGUCUGGUCUCACAUCCACAAUACGAUUUGCACCAUUCGAUGGCUCGGGGGCCGGCGCAGUGCUAUCAUUCGAAACGGGCGAUAAUUGUCGAAUCUGCCAAAUUAUGGGCAAUCAGCGUCAGUUUUGGAUGCGUCAAUAGCUUGAUCAGUAUGCCGUGUCGAAUGAGCCAUGCGAGUAUCGACGCAAAGACAAGGCAGGAGCGAGCCAUGCCAGAGGACAUCAUUCGAUUAUGUGUUGGGAUAGAAGAUGUAGACGAUCUGGUCGAGGACCUGAGCCGCGCUGUAAGUGCCGUCAAUCUGAGACCAGAUGGGUUUUCUGCCGCCAACCAUAGCCAGGAGAACAAGCUCGAUACCCAAAGCAACGAUAUAUUCUAA